UUUAUAUAAAGGCUGGCUGCUUGCUGCGAGUCAAGUUUUCAAUCGGUUGCGCUUAGCUGCAGUAUCAUCCUUCAUCCCCCGUCGGUCGGCAACAGAGUCUAGUUCGUUUUAGUUUGUGUUUUUCUAUCACAAUUCUAUUUGAUCAGAAUGGCUGCCGAUCGGCUGGAUUUGGUGGUGAUGGGAGCGACUGGCUUCACGGGGAAGCAUGUGGUCAGAACUGUGAUGGACCUGGCGAGAGAACGCGGAGGCUUCUCUUGGGGAGUGGCGGGGCGCAAUGAGCACAAGCUGCGCAAGCUCAUGGAAACUCUCACGUCAACUACAGGACAAGAUGUGACCAAAGUUCCUGUUUUAAUUGCCGACAUCAAUGAUGAAGUAUCACUCAAAGAAAUGACUAAGCAAGCACGUGUGAUUCUGAACUGUUGUGGACCGUACAGGUUCUAUGGAGAGAAAGUCAUAAAAGCUUGUAUCCAAACCAAGACCCAUCACGUUGAUGUUGCGGGAGAGCCUCAGUAUAUGGAGGAGAUGCAAUUGCAUUAUCACGAUGCGGCUGCCGAGCAGGGUGUUUACAUAAUAAGUGCCUGCGGUCUAUCGGGAGUUCCAGCUGAUGUCGGGGUUGUACAAUUCUCAAAACUGUUUGAUGGAAUUGUCAACGAUUUGGAUUUCUUCAUCAGCUUCGAAUACACCGGAACAAAAAAUAUUGGAACGCCAGUGCAUUAUGCUACAUGGGAAUCAGCCGUCCAUGGACUUGCAAACUUGGAUCAACUCAUGGCUGCCAGGAAGAAACUAUUUUCAAUACCAUUCCCAAAACUGAAACCGGCAUUGAAAAAGAGGGGACUGCUGCACAAGAGCGCGGAGAUAGACGGCUGGUGUCUGCGCUUCAGCGGUGCCGACCGAUCAGUGGUCCGCCGGAGUCAGCACUUUCUCUACAAGCACGAGGGCCGGCGACCCAUCCAGUGCGAGGCCUAUGUCUCUGUCGGCAACCUCUUCUUCACUGUCUUUGUCAUGCUCUUUGUGGCCGUUGUCGGCUGUAUCGCUAUUUACGGCAACAAAUUCAUGAGGAAACUCUUGCUCAAGUAUCCAGGACCGUUUUCACUGGGAACCGUUAGUCAUAAAGGACCUUCCGAAGAAGAGAUGAACAAUGUUAUAUUCCAUAUGACAUUCCAUGGCAGGGGAUGGAGUGAGAAGAACAUUGAGAAAGACCACUCGGCACCCCCCAACAAGGAAAUGAUCAUGAGGCUGACAGCGAAAAAUCCAGGAUACGGACUGACGUGCAACGCUCUAGUGCUCGCUGCUAUGACAAUUUUGACUGAGAAGGAUUCGAUGCCCGGAAGAGGAGGAGUGAUCUCACCAGGAGCAGCGUUCGCCAACACGACUUUUGUCGAGCAACUGCAGGCUCAUGGUGUCGACAUACAAGUUCUUUCCAAAAAGAAAAUCUAAUUUCGAUACUCGAGAUCAUUUUUCUCAACUGUAAAUACCAUUUUCAAAGUAACUCAUGCUCAUGGCACUCUUUUCUGAAUAACUUUAUUGAUAGUUAGGUUUACUCGGUGAAAUAGGAAGCAUAGAUUUAAGUGAAAAGUAGUUAUGUAAGAGAAUAAAAAGUAUGCUUGAAUCUA